UAUAAUGGUACUGUCUGCGUUUUGCUCUAAUUUUCUCGUUGAUCUUGCUGCUUUUCUGUAGCUUCGUAGGCAGGCGCGCCUACGUAGAGAGUAUCUCUACAGAAAAUCGAUUGAAGAUCGUGAGAAGACAAUCGCUGAGAGAAAACGGAAACUCAAACAUGCAAUAGAAGAGGGCAAACCGAUUCCUACUGAACUGAGGCAUGAUGAAGAGGAUUUGAGAAGAGCUUUGGAGUAUGAUGAUGAGGAGACAGAAGUCGUUCGAGAUCAUCGAGAUGAUGAGUAUGCAUGGGCAGGAGUUGAAGAUCCCAAAUUGAUGAUAACAACAUCACACGACCCUAGCAGUAGACUAAAACAAUUUGUCAAGGAAUUGAAGUUGGUUUUUCCAAACUCUCAACGAAUGAAUCGUGGAAACUAUGUGAUUAGUGAUCUGGUCAAUGCAUGUAGAGCAAACAAUGUGACUGAUCUGAUUAUAUUGCACGAACAUCGAGGAGAACCAAAUGCAAUGGUAGUUUGCCACUUGCCGUACGGCCCGACUGCAUCUUUCUCUCUGAGCAACACAAUCAUGAGGCAUGACGUUGAAACGAAGCAGACAAUGUCUCAAGUAUUUCCUCAUCUCAUAUUUCACAACUUGGAUACGAGAUUGGGAGAAAGGGUGAAAAGUAUCCUAAAGUAUCUAUUCCCAGUUCCGAAGGAGGACAGCAAGCGUGUGAUAACAUUUGCAAACCAACAUGACUACAUCUCAUUCAGACAUCAUGUUUACAAGAAAACUGGAGCAAAACACGUGGAACUAACAGAAGUUGGUCCUCGCUUUGAGAUGAGACUUUAUGAAAUACGACUGGGCACUAUGGAGCAGACUGAUGCUGACGUUGAAUGGAGACUAAAACCAUACAUGAAUACAGCUAGGAAACGGAUGGCUCUAAGCAGCGAAACUUUACUAUCAGAUCAGUGAAAUAGUAGAGAAUAGAUAUCAAUUGCUAGUCGGUUGAGUCAACACUCUAGUAAAGAAAUUAGACAGUAACUUUGUAUACAAGUGGGAGUAACCACCUUGUGAGUAUAGUACAUGCGUGGUUAUCAACUGGAGGUAUUUGAUAUUAACUGGCACAAAAAAACACGUG